AUGGACACGCCUCAGAAUAUCACUGUGCAUCUAAAUCAGAUUGUGCAAACAAUGGAAAUUGUCUACACAAUGGAUGACAGAGUUACGGAAGAGGAGGAAGAGGAAAAAGCAACCUUGCCUCAUCACUGUGAAGAUAGGAUCUCUUUCCUGAUAAUUUGCACACAACUUGGUAAUCAAGUAGAUGCUGCACUUCAUGAAGAAAAAGAAAUAUUAGAAUCAUGGCUUAAGUGGUUUGAAAAGGAGGUCCAGAUGAUGAAGGAGCUGGGUGAAGGAGAACUUCUUCCAGACUGGCAAAUUCCGGUGGCUGAUAAAAACAUCACUGACAACAUUAAUAAACUAAUGAACCGCAUCCAGAGACCUGAAGACUUGAAGGGCCGUGUUCAAGAAUCGCCCAAAUAUAUUCGAACUUCUACGCCUAGGGAGAAGAGGAGACAAUUAGGACCACCACCUGCUCUGAAGGACCCCAAAAAUAUUAUACAAGAACUUGCUUUGAAACAUGCAACUGAAGAUGUGAUGAAUAUGGUACAGGUUUUCCAAGACGACUCAGGAGCACCACAAACUACUGAAUCAAUGAACGAUCGCAUGGUAGAAAUAAUGGAAGUAUUUGAAAGACAAACAAAUAAGCUCCACAGAGUUACAAAUGAACACGAUGCCGUUGAAAGUAAAUUACAGAAGAUACAGCAGGACUUCCAAAAGCUAGCAGAAGAGAAACAGGUAAUGGAGGAUGAAUUUCUAAAGAUGAAAACUUCAGAUGGAACACUAAAAGCAUCAGCAGAUACCAGGAAAAUUAUUAGCAAAACUGGAAAAGGAAAAGGUCGUGCUCAGCCAGAAAAGAGGAAAAAGCCUCAAAAGGUAAAAGACCCUGAAGCUGUGAAAAUGAAAGAAGAUCUAACUAUAGCACAGGCAAAUAUUCAGUCUCUUGAAAAAGAGAAGAAAAUGCUAGAAGAGAAACUUCAUAAAGUUUUAGAGGAAGCUGAUCUGGCUCGGGGUCAACUGGCGGAAACACCCCCAGAUAUUCCAGACUGGGAGUUCCCUUAUACAACUCUUGAAGAAAAAGAAAAACAGUUAUCUAAGAAAACCAGAAAAGUAUCAGAACUUAAAGGCAAGGCAUCUGUUGAGGGAAUAGGUCAGAAAACAACAGGGUUUGAUAUUGCGAAAGCAGAUGAAGCAUUACCUGGAAAAGAUCACGAAAUUUCCACAGCGCCCCAAGCAAAAGAUGGUCAACCCAAGAAAAAAUGGAGCAGAUUUAUCUGA